UACGCAUCCGAACCCGGUUUUCAGCUUUGGACUGGAGAAUUCGAGUGCUCGAAGUAAUCAAUACCCAGACAAAAAUUUCGCAGAAAAAUGAGACACAACAUUGUCACAGAGGUAAGCUGCGAUCCAAACCUUCCUUUUCGGUUCCUGUUUUUUGGUUCUUAAUAUACAUCGCUACAUCAAAAUUGAUGCCAAUCACCAUCACCGCCGCUCUACCAUUCAGGUGUGCUUAUUUGGGUUUAAAUGAUGUCUCUGUUUCGUAUUUGUAAACCUAAGAAAUAUGCUUCUAGGGUUAGGGUUUUGUUAUUGAACCAAUCUUUCUCUUCUUUUGGACAAUAUGAUCGUUUGGUUUCCCAGAAUCACCAGUUCAGUCCAGUUUUAGAUGUCCCAAACCGGCCAUUUUCGACGGGUUUGAUUAGCCUAGUUCGUUCUAAAUUACCCUCACAAAGCGUGAAGUUCACGGGCUCUGACACCCUUUAUGCGAAACCAUUUUCGUCGUUCUCAGAGAGCAAGGAUAAUGGUGUAUGCAAUUCAACAGUGGUGGAAUCAGAAUGUGACUUUGUCGCGGACGUGGGGAAAAGUGUUGAGUUGGAUAAUGUAGAUGACGGUUGUGUUAGUGUUAGUGGUUCAGCUAGUGUUGAUGAAGGGGAUGGUGUAGACGAUGGUAGUGUUAGUGAUUCUAUGGUGGUUGAAUUGGAAAAUGGAAAUAACGAUGUUGGUUUUGAGACAAGUGGGGGUUACAUGCACGUUGCGUCGCAGAAUCCUGUUGAAUUGUAUCGUACGCUAAGAGAUGCUGAGAAGGCUGCAAAGCAGACACGGUGUGAUUGGGAUACAAUGCAAGAAAUAUUCCGUUACUUUAGGAAUUCCGGUUGGGCGUCCAAUCAGGCUCUCGCCAUUUACAUUGGCCUGUCGUUCUUUCCUACUGCUGUGCACAAGUUCCAGAACUUUUUCUUCAAGAAGUGCCCUGCUGAUGUUUUUAAGUAUGCAGUGUCGCUUGGUCCCUCGGAUGAUGCCAUCAAGUUCCUGUUUCCUAUAUUUGUGGAGUAUUGUUUGGAGGAGUUUCCUGAUGAGAUUAAGCGGUUUCAGGGUAUGAUUGAGUCGGCGGAUCUCACAAAGCCCCACACUUGGUUUCCAUUUGCACGUGCUAUGAAGCGGAAGAUAAUAUAUCAUUGUGGACCAACCAACAGUGGUAAAACGUACAAUGCUCUGCAACGGUAUAUGGAAGCGAAGAAGGGUAUCUAUUGUAGUCCUCUCAGGUUGUUAGCUAUGGAAGUCUUUGACAAGGUGAAUGCUCUUGGGGUUUACUGUAGUCUACAUACAGGGCAAGAAAAGAAAUAUGUCCCUUUUUCGAAUCAUAUUGCUUGUACCGUGGAAAUGGUAUCGACAGACGAUUUGUAUGAUGUGGCUGUUAUUGAUGAAAUUCAGAUGAUGUCAGACCCAUGUAGAGGUUAUGCAUGGACACGGGCAUUGCUUGGAUUGAAGGCGGAUGAGAUACAUUUGUGUGGGGAUCCAAGUGUUUUAAAUAUUGUUCGAAAUAUCUGUGCGGGCACUGGGGAUGAGUUGCAUGAGCAUCAUUAUGAGAGAUUUAAGCCAUUGAUGGUUGAAGCCAAGACCCUUUUGGGAGAUCUUAAAAAUGUUCGUUCUGGGGACUGUGUGGUUGCUUUUUCGAGGAGAGAGAUAUUUGAGGUUAAAAUGGCAAUUGAGAAGCAGACCAAUCAUCGCUGUUGUGUAAUUUAUGGUGCCUUACCACCAGAAACUCGUAGACAUCAAGCUACUCUAUUCAAUGAUCAAGAUAAUGAAUUUGAUGUGCUUGUUGCUAGUGACGCUGUGGGAAUGGGGCUGAAUCUCAAUAUUAGAAGGGUUGUUUUUAAUAGCCUUUCAAAAUACAAUGGAGACAAGAUUGUUCCAGUUCCAGCAUCACAGGUGAAACAAAUUGCUGGAAGAGCUGGUCGUAGAGGAAGCCGCUAUCCGGAUGGGCUCACAACAACCUUGCAGUUAGAAGAUUUAGAUUACUUGAUUGAGUGUUUGAAGCAACCUUUUGAAGAAGUAAAGAAAGUCGGCCUCUUUCCUUUCUUUGAGCAGGUUGAGCUAUUUGCUGGGCAACUCCAUAAUGUUACAUUCUGCCAGCUGCUUGAAAAAUUUGGUGAAAAUUGUCGUCUGGAUGGUUCAUACUUUUUGUGUCGACAUGAUCAUAUAAAGAAGGUUGCGAAUAUGUUGGAGAAGGUGCAGGGAUUAUCACUGGAGGAUCGUUUUAACUUUUGUUUUGCCCCAGUUAAUAUUAGAGACCCAAAAGCAAUGUACCAUCUGCUGAGGUUUGCUUCAGCAUACAGUCAGAAGGUUCCUGUCAAUAUUGCAAUGGGCAUGCCAAAGGGUUCUGCUCGAAAUGAUGCAGAGCUCUUAGAUCUCGAGACUAAGCAUCAAGUGUUGUCUAUGUAUAUGUGGUUAUCACACCACUUCAAGCAGGAAACUUUUCCUUAUGCGAAGAAGGCUGAGACAAUGGCGACGGACAUUGCUGACUUGUUGGGUCAAUCUCUCACCAAAGCCAAUUGGAAACCAGAAUCAAGGCAGUCAGGGCAACCAAAGCCUCAACAGACGGAAGAUGGAAAUGAGAGGCCAAGGUCACUUGUCAAAUUAUAUGAGAAGAAAAGACUUGAAAAGUCUUUACAACAUAAGAGCUUAGAGAAGGUAGUUGCAUAGUUAAAUUGCAGGAUGGGAAGCUGGAAGAGGGAAUACGGGGGGAAAGGAUAAAGGAAGCACAGAUUUGUGGGAAUCGUUGAAAUCUACUGGUGAAGUUCUGGGUUUUGAUGGAGGGAACUAUUAUUGCGUUCACUGGGUAUAUCUCCUUGUGCUUGCUGCCUGCUGAUUUCCUCAUAUAGCUUUUACAAUUGCCAUGUUUAACGAUGAUAUGCAACUGUGUGGGUAGGUAGACCUGAGUAUGCGAAGUAAAACAAUCGGCACCUCUUGGUUUGCUGGUUGUGUCAAUUGAAAAUUUUGUAGCGUUUAGGGAGGUACAGAAAAUUAAUAAUGGCUGCUACUUAAUUGAGCUCGAUCAGCAUUUUACAACCAAAUUAUAUUCAUAAAAACAAAAAUUAUUAA